AUGUUUCCCUGCAGUACACAGACCCACGUUUCCCUGCAGUACACAGAGACAUGUUUCCCUGCAGUUGACUACCCAGUGAAAGAGGGAGGAGGAGGAGGAGAGGAGGAGGAAGAGCAGAGGUAUAAACAUCUGCCUGUGCUCCAUGGAUGUAAACCAGGACCCCAGGGACCCCAGGGACCCCCAGGACCAGAGGGUACCAGUGGAAUGCCAGGAAUUAGUGGACCAAAGGGAGACAAGGGAGAGAUCGGACGACCAGGGUCAAAGGGUCGUACAGGUCCUCCUGGGUUACCAGGUAGACAGGGACCAUCCGGAUGGCCCGGUCCAGAGGGACCCAAAGGAGAGAAAGGAGAGCAGGGGCUGAUGGGCCUGCCGGGGUUGAGAGGUCCACCUGGAACCAAGGGUCUUCCUGGUUAUAAAGGAGAGAAGGGGUCUCGUGGUAAUUCAGGCGUAUUAGGACCAAAAGGAAACAAGGGCUCCGUAGGUCUCUCUGGGAUGUUGGGACAGAAGGGUGAGAUGGGAUCGAAGGGAGACCCAGGAAUUUCAGGGAAGAGAGGACCAACUGGCCGACCUGGGAAGAGAGGACAACAUGGUAUGAAGGGUCAUGGUGGAACCCCAGGUCCAAGGGGUCCUACAGGUCCUGCUGGUCCCUCUGGUCAUCCUGGACCCCCUGGACAACCUGCCUCAGGCCUGUACCUGGUAGGGGAGAAGGGAGAUAAAGGUGUAGCGGGAUCUCCAGGUGCCUGUGACUGUAACACCCCUCUAGGGGUCAACAACCCAGACUACGGCAGUUACACCCAACGAGGCAACUACCACAAAGUCCCCGUGAUCUUUGUGGUGGACAGUGAGGAAGAGUUGGAUCGUCUCCACACGGUCAAUGCCAUCGCCUUCAGGAAGGACCAGAGAUCCCUCUACUUCAAAGACAAAGAUGGCUGGCAGCCCAUACAGCCCUUCCAGGCGCUCCAGUCGACAGAGAAGGUUCCGGAGCGGGUGGGUGUGUGUGGGGACGGACUGGUGCAGAACGGAGAGGAGUGUGAUGAUGGAAACAAUGUCGUCACAGAUGCCUGUCUCAAUUGUAGGUGGGCAUACUGUGGAGAUGGCUAUCAUCAUGAGGGCAUGGAGGAGUGUGAUGGAAAAGACUUUGGCUACCAGACCUGCACAUCAUAUCUCCCUGGGUCGUUUGGACAUCUCAGGUGUACUGGGUCCUGUUCCAUCGAUUCUACUGGCUGCAAAUACUUCACCUGAGCCAAUGAGAAGAUGGCAGCAUUGCAGUAUUACCAAUUGUGAUUGGUCCAUCUUCAACGAGCCUCUCCACGUUGUGGUCUAUAAUUCAGCUCUGUUCUGGAGUGUUCCAUAAAGAAGGAUUGAAUUGUCUGCAGCACUUUUCAA